AUGUUUUUAUUAAACCCUCAGUGUGUCAACUGUAAAGGAUCAUGUGAUGGCAUAGGAGCCAUUUUAAAUGCAGAGACUCUUUACCAAUGGGCUAAGCAAAAUAUCAAGACUUCGCAGAUUUUCUUUUACAACAAGCAACAACACGAAAAGGAAUUUAGACAGGAUUCUCUUUUUUCAGAUGAUUUAAAUACAGAUACUGCCAUGGUUAUCACUAAUAUCGUUUAUUUUAAAGGCGAAUGGAAAUAUAAAUUUUCCAAUCCUUUUAGUUUUCAUUUUAUAAACUAUGACAAUCAGACUAUUUUAGUGUCUAAUACUAUGUAUCGAAAAGCUCAAUUUAAAUAUGCCCAUUUGCCUCAUAUAAAAGCCAAAGUCAUAGAAUUGUCAUACAAGGGUGACGAACUUAGUAUGCUUAUCGUACUUCCUGAUGAAGUUCAUGGUCUCGACAAUGUUGAAAAAAGUUUAGAGACAAUAACCCUUAGAAAACUCCGAAAGGAACUAUCUCUUACUGAAGUCGCAUUGGCUUUGCCUAAAUUUCAUGUUGAAAUUACCAAUGACUUAAAUGAUACUUUAAAAGAGAUGGGUAUAAAUCAAAUGUUUAUGUCUCACGCAAACUUCAGGGGAAUUACAGAUAGAAAUCUUUAUGUGAGUAAAAUUAAGCAAAAAAUUGUCAUUGAAGUCAACGAGAAUGGUGUUGAAGAUGCUGCAACUACAAGUGGAUUUUUAACCAACGGAAUGAUGGGAGAGCAUAUAACUCAACAAUUUCUUGCUAAUCAUGCAUUUCAUUAUAAGAUUAUUAGAACAGUUGGUGAACAUGAUGGUAUUGCAUUGUUUGCUGGUAAUUGUAAAUAUAUACAGUAAUUUAGAGAAUAUACGAAUAUUAAAUAUGUCUGCCAGGCCA